CUCUAAGGCACGAGUCCUGGGGUUUGUUUGUUUGUUUUGCUUGGGCAACAUCUCGUUGCUGAAUGCUACGAUGCUCGUACGUCGAGUAUUAUACGCGCUUGCAUUAUGCUUGAUACCUGCUGGAGGUUUAGCUCAAGCUCAUGAGCUAGAGACACGCGCCAUCGACCCUUUAGUGGGAACAUCCGAGUGUGCGAGAACAUGUUUCACGAAGACGAACGACACAGAAGCUUUUGAAGGCAACCAAGCGGAGGACCUCUGCAAAGACAAGCCACUUUAUCAUGAUGUUGAGACCUGCGUACAGCACGACUGUAACGUCACCGAGAUAUGGGACUUCAAGAACAGAACAUCCCGCGCAUGCGACUGGCCGAUCACCAACCGCCGUCAAGAAAUUCGAAUCAGCUGUUUGACGAUGGGCAUUCUGGCUAUGGUGUUUUUUACUAUGAGAGCCAUCUCAAAGAUAAUUGGAUUUGUGCCAUAUGGGCAUGACGAUAGUCUGAUAUUGGCAGCUUUGCCAUUCAUCAUAGCAUUUAACAUUUUCUGCCAAAUACUCACUUCGAAAGGUCUCGGACUCGAUAUUUGGUUCGUGGAAGAAGAUAACAUUCACACAUUUCUCAUCCUAAUUUUCGCUUCCGAACUGUCAUACGCUAUAGCCCUCGCCCUCGUCAAAUUAUCGAUUCUGGCCUUCUUCCUUCGCAUAUUCCCCGACCAAAAGUUCCGUACCGUCGUCCGAUGGACGACGAUCUUUAUCCUCGUCAUGUGCUCCAUAUACCUGGUACUUAUCCUCGUUCAACGCAGGCCACUCGACGUUCUUUGGAAUGGAUGGAGGGAUAAGCAUCCGCAAGGAGUUAUAUUGAGUGCAAAUCUCAUAGGGAUAACUCAUGGCGCAUGGAACGUUGCUUUGGAUAUUUGGAUGAUGAUUCUUCCAAUGACUCAACUACUAAAAAUUGGGAUCAAACUGAAGAAAAAGAUUGGAGUUAUUGCUAUGUUUGGAGUCGGCCUCUUUCUCACGAUCGUCAGUUCCGUUCGCAUCCCAACUCUGAUAGUAUUUUCAACAUCACGCAACGUAACCACUGAUUCAGUCGGAAUAAUAAUCUGGUCAAAUAUCGAGAUUUGCGUAGGCAUGAUGGUAGCAUGCAUGCCUGGAUCACGUCAAUUCGUCCGAGACAUUAUACUUCGCGUGAAACGAAGUAGCACGCCCGAUGGGUCCAGCACUGAGAAUAUCUUCAUUGAGCGAACGAUAGAGACGAUCCAGACAGAUGCGGAAGAAACAGUCACGAGUUCUAUAGUGAGACCGGAUGAAGUGCUCUUGUCAAAAUGACAACGUAUUGCUGGCUGCCGUCACCGCGAUGGAGGCCACGAUGAUGAUUAAUGAGAACAAUAUCAUUUCGGUCUUGAUGCAUCCAAGACUAAUAUCUACC